GCAUAGCAUCAGUCCAUUACUAGAAGAUGAACGAAUCAUUGGCUUUUCGCUCUGCUCUUAUCGCACUGUUUUACCUAGUCGGCACCGUUCAGUGCUUCCAGUGUGGAAUCAGGCAAGACAAAACUCGCUCUCUCAUCACAAACGCACUUGAUGUUCAGCCCGGGGAUUACCCGUGGCACACGGCAAUCUAUCAAGUGGUUCCUGUUAAGCAGUACAUCUGUGGUGGUACCUUGGUCGGACAGAGUGUCGUCAUAACGUCUGCGCAUUGUGUGACCGUUCCCGGACUGAGUGUGGCGCGAUCCAUCGAUGAUCUCGUGGUACAGGUUGGAAAGCAUUUGCUCAACACAAGGAGCGAUUUCGAAAUAGAACAUGAGCUGAGCUCAGUCAUAGUUCAUGGAACCUUCAGUUCUGAUAAACAUGAUAAUGAUAUCGCUAUGCUGAUUACAAAGCAACCAGUUCAAUAUGGAAAAUUUGUACAACCGGCAUGCCUUCCUGCAUUUUCGAUGAUCCGCGACAAGAUGGUUGGUACCAUCGUUGGAUGGGGCUUUACCGAAAAGGUGGCCGUAUCCAACACUCUGAAAGCAGCGAGUACUCCAAUUGUUUCAAGAAGUGAUUGUUUGACCAGUAAUCCGGGAGCGUUUUCUAGUAGUUUGACGAAUGAGAUGUUCUGUGCUGGCUAUCGAAAUGGAACGAAUGCCUGUAACGGUGACAGCGGGGGAGGAUUAUUUCGGAACAUACGAGGUAGUUGGUAUCUACUGGGAAUUACUUCAUUUACGGCAGCAAAACGACAGAACGAAAAUUUGUGCAGUUCGACCGACUACACGGCGUUCAUCAAUGUUGGGAAGUACAAAAGAUGGAUACAAAAUAAUUCAGAUUCUUCGUUUGGAUCUCUUUGUGUGGAUAAUCGUCAACCGGCAAAAUUGAAGAAGCAAUAUUUCGUCCACAAUAACAAGGAAGUAACAUUUUUGGCAGCUUGGAGAUUGUGUCAAAGCGUUGGCCACCGUCUAGCAACGAUUACUUCGGAGGAAGAUAGUCAACUCAUAGAACAAGCCAUUGCAAAGUCCUCCAACACGAAAGGACCUUGGUUCAUAGGUGGAACCGAUUUGGGAAAUGAAGGUCACUUCAUCUGGAUUGCAACCAAUAAGCCCAUCGGUUAUCUGACUGGAUACUUCAACUACUCUCCUGGCCAACCGGAUAAUGCUGGAGGAAACGAGCACUGCCUUGAGAUCGGACGCUGGGGUGGAGUAUUUUGGAAUGACGUUCCUUGUGAGUGGACACAACGCUACAUUUGUGAACAUGUCAGUGCAUACUAAUUAUUGUUUUAUUAUUGAACAAUAAAUACAAUCUCUUGUCUUACAC